AAUAAAGUAAGCUAUGACAUAUCUGUGGCAAUGAAAAUAUUUUCUCAAAUCCAGUAAAUAUUUCCUUUGAAAUAAAAUGUCGAUCGGUGGCUGUGUUCUGGCAAUGCAGGGCAUUGGUUGCGUGGCCAUUGCCACAGAUCAUCACCUUGGUGACGCCUCUGCCCCUGGACAGAGGAUUGCCGGUGAUUUCAAGAAGGUCUUCCAGGUGGGACCCCGCAUGUUUGUGGGUCUGACUGGAUUCGUCGCCGAUGUCAAUACAGUGUGGGAUCGUAUACACUACCGUCAAAAUUUGUACGAAAUUAAGGAGAAUCGUGAUAUGUCACCCGAGGCAUUUACCACCAUGCUGUCGAAUCUGCUCUACGAAUAUCGCUUUGGGCCCUACCACGUGCAGGCCGUUGUUGCAGCCGUCAAUCCGUAUAGCCUGAAUCCGUAUAUUUGCAGCAUUGAUCUUAUUGGAGCGCCCACUAAAAGGGAUUCCUUUGUGUUUUGUGGUAAUUGCGACAAACAGAUGCAUGGAAUGUGCGAAACUCUCUGGACACCAAAUUUAGAGCCCGAGGAACUUUUUGAAACAAUGUCGCAGACGCUGACACAUUCCUUCGAUAGGAAUAUCACAACUGGUUGGGGCGCCACAGUCUAUGUGAUCGAGAUGGAUAAAAUCAUGGAGCGUGUGAUUGAUGUACGCAAGGAUUAACUGGGGCGUUUUUACACUACAAGUUGAGCAAUUGUUGUUUUUAUACACUACAAGACAUUAAAGAGACUUCAAAGAAAUACUUUUAAUUGUAUCCAGAAAUUUGGGGUUAAAUAAAUGUAGAAAAUUCGUUGGU